AUGUCGAAUAUUAUUUUGGACACAGGGCUAUCAGUUGUCUACGAAGCUGAGAACUCUCCGCCAGUCGUCGACAUUGUAUUCGUCCACGGCUUGCAGGGACAUCCGUCUAAAACAUGGACUUAUCAAAAUGACAGCCAUCAUAAGCCCGUAUUCUGGCCUGCCGAUUUGCUUCCCAACGAAUGUCCCAGUUCGCGCAUUCUCACAUUCGGCUAUGAUAGCAAGGUUACAAACCUGGGGGGGAUUGUUGUCAAAGAGAUGCUUGUGAGAUCAUCUUCAUCCUCCGAAACUGAGCUUAAAAAUAUCGUCGAGUCAACUGCAACGAUAGUUUUUCUUGGCACACCGCACCGCGGUAGUCAGGGUGUUGCAGCACUCGGCGAAGUGGUGCGGUCUCUCGUCAGCUCGUUUGGCAUGGAGACAACGCCUGUCAUUCUCGAUGCCCUGGGAUUAAAGACAACAGAUUUAUUACGAGCGCAAGAAGACUUUUCCACACUGUGGCAAAAAUAUGACUUUCGAGUCAAGACCUUCCAAGAAGGCCUCAGUCUGGCAAAGCUCAAGAAAAAGGUGGUUCCCGAUCACUCAUCGUUGAUUGGAGAUUCUCGUGAACGUGCCGAGACGUUGCAAGCCAAUCAUAUGGAAAUGUGUCGUUACUCAGGGAAAGACGACCCAAAUUACUAUAAGGCUUGCCUCAUGUCUCUGUGGUUUCCUACUAUUAAUACUCGGUACCAAAGUCUGGAACGGCCGGCCGAACAGACUUGUUCUUGGCUAUUCAAUCUUGAUUUAUAUCGAGACUGGUUGAGCGGCAGAACUAGACAGGAGAGCAAUGGCCUUCUUUGGUUGAAGGGAAAACCCGGCGCAGGUAAAUCGACUCUCAUGAAGGAAGCUUUCCGUCGGGCCACGCUGGAGCAAGUCGAAUCAAAUCACUGUACCGCUGCUUUCUUUUUCAGUGCCAAGGGAGAUAUGCUUGAGCACUCAACUCAUGGUCUAUUCCAGUCCUUGUUAUACCAACUUCUUUCUGGAGACAGAAAAAAUCUCCGGUAUUUCCACGAAUUCUGGGACGAAAAGAAUAAACUCAAGAGAGAAGUCCUGCUUAACCUGUCAAAGACGACGAUCAUCUUCAUUGAUGCUUUGGAUGAGUGUGAUGAGUCUAGCAUACGGUCAAUUGCAUACUUCUGGCGAGAAAUAACCAACUCUGCUUAUGAAAGGGGAGUGGAUCUCAAAGUCUGUCUAUCCAGCAGGCACUUUCCUACAAUCACCCUAUGCGACUGUCCGGAAAUAGUCGUUGAACAGCACAACCAUGAUGAUAUUGCGACAUAUGUGAAUCGCAAAUUCCAAAUCUGCAUUUCUACCCAAAAGCCGAAAUGGGAGCUGUUGAUAAAAAACAUUCUGAGCAAGACGGAUGGCGUAUUUCUUUGGGCUGUCUUGGUUGUGGAGGAUCCCCUGCUCAAGUCACUUAGUGAUUGGCACCAAUCCGACAAUUUCAUCGAAAACGAUGAGCAGCUUGAGAAGCAAAUUCGAAGGAUAUCUAGAGGCUUGGUUGAAGUCAAUAGAGUCUAUGCAGAUACUAGGAUCGUCCAAGUUAUACAUGAAUCCGUGCGCGAAUUCUUCCUGAAGGCCGAUGUCGAUUAUGCAGAUUUUCAUGAUUCUAUAUCCGACAAAGAUCACCGGCUGUUAAAUGAGAGACCAAGAGCAAAGGAAGAGGUCAUUUCUGAAUCUGAGAUGCUGAAAUCGUUGGUCUUCAAUCCUAGCGCGAAGAUUGUUGAAUGGUUCGCAAAGGACGACGGUGUUUCUUCUGCUAAAUGGACAUCUCCGGGCUGUUCUCCUUGGGUAUCCCUCUCCGACCUUUCUCGAAUGAGUCAACAGCGAAUUCUGGAAGAUGAUCCGGCGCUGCUCUCAUAUGCCCUAUUUAAGCUAUUCACACAUGCUUUGCUGGCUGAUGAACAAGGAGCUGAUCUACGGCCUUUUAUGGAGCGCUUGAAAGAUGGAGCAACGUGGGCUCGCUGGGUGGCACUCAGAGAAGACAUACCACAUGGGACCAAGGUUAGCUCAUAUGGUCUCGACAUGGGCCUACGGGCAUGGAAAGAAGAAGAAGAGAGGGAAAGAGAAAGAGAAAGGCAUGGCGAAAAGAAUACAAAGCGAGGGAAGCAGCCUCUGGUGGGUACCUUUUUGAGCUGGACGAUUAUGAGAACAAUCAUCAUCGUCGUCGUCGUCGUCGUCGUCGUUCAAGACGAAGUCGGACUCGAAGUGUAG